CAGUAUAGAAGAUAUUCAUCUGGAUCAGACGAUGAAGAUCAUCCAGCUUCAGAUCUAUCUGUUCAUGUGGUCUCAAGCCACAGAGAGUCUAACAAACACAGCAGUAAGUUUAGGAGCUGAUGUGAAUAUAAGCUGUGAUCGUGAUAUAGAGGAGAUUUACUGGUACAAACAGAAGUCACCGGAUCCUCCAGUGUUCAUCUUACGCACUUACAGUAGCACAUAUGAAGGAGCUGAAUAUGAAAACAUCAUCUUCACACACAAAUACUCAGUGAAAACUAACAGUCGUCUGUUCAUCAGAAAUAUCACCACUGAUGAAUUAGGAGUUCAUUAUUGCGUGAAAGCUAGUGAACCACUCAAAUUCAGCAACGGCACCAAAAUCUAC